AUGAAAGAAGUAUCAGCAGCUGACAAGGAAGAACUCCAGAGUAAACUUCACUCAGCAAAAAAGUUUAUUUUACGUUAUGUUCUUCUCAUGGUGUUUUUGAGUGUAACGUUUUAUUCGUUUUGUGCGGUAUACCACGUUCAUCAUAAAGACGAGCGCUACUAUUACCUGCGAAAGAUUCUUGGGCAUGGACUGUGCAUAUCGAGACUUACAGCAACCGUAAUAAAUUUCUCCAUCGUAAUCAUCAUCUUUCCUGUUUGCAAAACUUUCAACAAACUUCUUCAUAAAAUAUUUUGUAAGCUUUCAAUUCAUUUGUUGGCGCUUUACUUAGAAAAACUCAAGGUCAUUCAUCAAUGUCUCGCCUUAAUAUUAGUCUAUACAUCUGUUAUACAUUCAAUUAUUCACAUUGCUAAUGCAAAAAACUUCAUUCAAAAUUAUGACUCGAAGUUGCCUGAAAUAAGUUGGGCAAGAGACGAUGCAGACAAUAUUUUUCGUCUGAUUUUUUUGACACCAGUUGGAUUUUCCGGAUGGACAAUGGUUGCAUGCUUAAUCAUCAUUUGGACAUUUUCCACAAGACAAAUGCGUGAAUAUUUCUAUAACAGCUUUCUAGGCGUUCAUCAUUUAUUUUUGCUGCUACUUGUCAUGAUGUAUUAUCAUCCCGUUAGUAACAUCAUAAAGUAUCAAGAUAACGUCACAAGUUCACCACCAACUUGCGAUAUCGUACAGAAAUUGAAUACAUCACAUGCUGCGAUAUACAUGGAGAGUCACUGCACAGAAAAGCCAACAUUUGCAGUUGGAAGGAAGAAUUUUUGGAUAUGGCCAUCAAUUUCUCUUUCAAUCUAUUUAUUUGAUUUGGUUUUACGCUAUUUUAAACGCUUUUUCACCCGAAUCAUAAUGGUUUCCAUGCAUUUUCCAACUGAUGCUGCAAUUUUUCUAACGUUUAGAGCAUACAAAAAUAUUUCCAUCCGUCCAGGACAAUACGUUUUGUUACAAUGUGAAAACCUUUCUACUCUUGAAUGGCAUCCGUUUACAAUAACUGAUUUUGUUAUUGAACCAAAGCAAGCUACUUUUACCCUAGCGAUCGCAGUUCGAGGUGAUUGGACGAGUGAACUCUAUAAAAAAGCUCUCAACUUCAAACUUUAUUCAGAAAAGUCCUACAAAAGGAGAUCAAGGCAUCGUAGACGUAAAACUGUGGCUCCACGGAAACUUAUUUUUGUUCUAGAUGGACCGUUUCCAAGUCCGAUGGAGUCAAUAGUCACUCAUGAAAGGGUAGUACUAGUUGGAGUUGGAAUUGGCGUGACGCCGUUCAUCUCAACUUUCAAUUAUAUUAUGAAAACUACAAAGUCUUUGUCGCUGAAACGAAUUCAUUUUAUUUGGAUGUCUAAUGAUAUAAAACAAUUCACAUUAUUUGCUGAUACGCUAUGUGACUUGACUCAAAUGUUUUGGGAUGAAAAUCAACCCGACAGAUUUCAAAUAAGCUUUUAUCUUUCACAUAAGAAAGAGAAUUCUUCAGGAGUUAAUGAUGACGAAUCUUUAAGUAAUCCGGAAGAAUUGUUUGGUCGCCAUACAAACUUUAUAACGUCGAGAAUCUACAAUUGUGAACCAAAUUGGAAUUUUCUAUUCAAUUACUGGUCGUCAUUAUAUGGAAGAAAACGGAUCAACAUAUUUUCAUGUGGACCUAAAUCAUUAUACAAAGAUUUGAAAGAGGCUUGUAAUGACUACUGCAAGAAAGGCUUUAAUUAUCAUAUUCUUCACCAACCAUUGAGUUGAAUGUGAUUGCUUUAAAUUUUAUCAAAUAUGAUUAGCGUAUUUGUAAUAAAAAUAUUUUCUACAUGAAACUUAUAAUGAGU